AUGAAGGUCACCACUAUGCUGUCCUCCUACUCUUUUCUGCUCUUCGUAUUGCUCAUUUCUGCAAAUCCUUAUGCAAGAGCCCUUCAAGAAGGAGGCAAUGGAAUAGAAGAAGAGCUUGAAGAUGUGAAAAGAUCAGAUUUCCCAACUGAAUUUCUCUUUGGUGUUGCCACUUCUUCCUAUCAAAUUGAGGGUGCAAUUCUUGAAGAUGGGAAGAGCCUUAGUAACUGGGGUGUUUUUGUCCAUAAAAAUGGCAAUGUAAACAAUGGAGACACUGGAGAUAUAGCCACUGAUGAUUACCAUCGUUACCUGGAAGAUAUAGAGACAAUCCAUUCUCUUGGAGUGGAUGCUUACCGGUUCUCCAUUUCCUGGUCAAGAAUACUUCCAAAUGGGAAAUUGGGUGGUGUUAAUGCAGCUGGAAUACUGUUUUACAAUAGUAUAAUCGAUAAUCUUCUACUCAGAGGCAUUCAGCCUUUUGUCACAAUUCACCACUGGGACAUACCCCAAGUGCUUAGUGACGAAUAUGGGGGCUGGCUAAAUCCUCUGAUUCAGGAUGAUUUCGUCCAUUUUACUGAAACUUGUUUCAAGAAGUUUGGUGAUCGGGUGAGGUAUUGGGUGACCAUCAAUGAACCAAAUUCGGUUGCAGAUCUUGCCUAUGAAAGGGGAAAACAUCCUCCAGGUCAUUGCUCCCCUCCUUUUGGCAACUGCUCAGCUGGUAAUUCAGAUACUGAGCCCCUGAUUGCAAUGCAUAACAUGUUACUUGCCCAUGCCAAGGCUUCCAAGCUCUACCGUGAGCAGUUUCAGCCCAAACAAGGUGGUGUAAUUGGAAUUGUGGUCCAUGCAAUUAUGUACGAACCAUUUACUGAUGAUGAGCAUGACAAGGAAGCUGUAAAGAGGACAUUGGCUAAUAAUGUGGCUUGGGCUUUCGAUCCUCUAGUGUUUGGUGAUUAUCCUCCAGAAAUGCGUCGCUAUCACAGAAAUGAGUUACCCAAAUUUACACCAGAAGAAAGACUGCUCAUAAGGGAUAGCAUUGACUUCCUUGGACUGAACCACUAUGCAACUCUUUAUGCUAAGGACUGCAUACACUCAAGUUGUGCCCGCUCUGACUCUGCCUGUGCCCCUGGUGGAGACCGUGCCAUCGGCGGCUUUGUCUGUACUACUGCAGAGCGUGGUGGUGUUUUGAUUGGGGAACCAACAGGGUUGCCUAUAUUCUCUGUUGUUCCAAGAGGAAUGGAAGAGAUUGUGGACUAUGUAAAGAAUCGAUACCAUAACAAGCCUAUGUUUAUUACUGAAAAUGGUUAUUCUACACCUCCACAACAAGAACAAGUUGAUGACUUCCAACUUGAUGUCAAGCGAAUUGCAUUCCACAAAGCAUACCUUGCCUUCUUGGCUCGAGCCAUGAGAAAUGGUGCAGAUGUGAGGGGCUACUUUGUCUGGACAUUGAUGGAUGACUUUGAAUGGUCAUCGGGUUAUGAUGUAAAGUUUGGAUUUUAUUCUGUUGAUCGUGCAACCUUGAAUCGAACUCCUAGGUCCUCCGCCAAGUGGUACAGAAACUUCCUCGGGAACAUCAGCUCCAAUAGCAUGAAGCCAAGAACUGCAGUUGCAUUUUGGAGCAAAGUUGGUAGAGCAGAAGAGUGA